AUGUCCCGGUGCUGGUGCAGGCAGGUCCUGCUUGGCGUGGAAGUGGGUAUUGUGGUGGUGGCGCUGGUAGUCGGCACUGCCGGACAGAGCCACGACAGGAGAGAAGCUGGGUCAUCCUGCUACGGAGGAUUUGACCUGUACUUUGUUUUAGACAAAUCUGGCAGCGUGCAACAUUACUGGAAUGAAAUUUAUUACUUUGUGGACCGCCUGGCUUACAAGUUUAUCAGUCCUCAGCUACGGAUGUCCUUUAUAGUCUUUUCAACAGAAGGACGGAUUCUCAUGCCACUAACGGAAGACAGAGAGCAAAUACGGACUGGCUUAGAGAAGCUCAGCAUGGUCGACCCGGGUGGGGACACCAACAUGCAUCUUGGUUUGUCAAAGGCCAGUGAGCAAAUUUACUACGGCACAGGAGAUGGCUACCGGACAGCCAGCGUCAUAAUUGCUUUGACGGAUGGUGAAUUGAGGGAAAAUCAAUUUGAUCUGGCUCAAAGAGAGGCUAGCAGAGCACGCCAGUUGGGUGCCACUGUUUACUGUGUGGGAGUGAAGGACUUCAAUGAAACCCAGCUGUCUACUAUCGCUGACAGCCAAGACCACGUCUUCCCUGUGACCGACGGUUUUCACGCACUGCAUGUGGUCAUCGACUCGAUCCUUAAAAGGUCUUGCAUCGAGAUUCUAGCCGUCGAACCCUCCAGCAUCUGUUCAGGCGAAUCUUUCCAGGUGGUUAUAAGAGGAAAUGGCUUCUUUCACGCCCGAGAUGUUCAGAAAGUCCUCUGCAGCUUCCGCAUCAACGACACCGUGACUGUUAUGAAAAGACCUUUGGUGGUGAGAGACACCUACCUGUUGUGCCCGGCUCCUGUUUUGGAAAAAGAAGGAACGGCUGCCACGCUUCACGUCAGCAUGAACAACGGGCUGAGUUUCAUAUCCAGCUCCGUCACAAUUAAAGCUGUCACUUGUUCUGACGGCACCUUUGUGGCCAUUGCUCUCCUCAUCCUACUCCUCCUGCUCAUCAUUCUUCUUCUGUGGUGGUUCUGGCCUCUCUGCUGCACUGUGGUCAUACACGAACCACCUCCACCACCCGCAGAAGAGGACUUCUCUGACGACGAGGACGAUUUUCAUAAGAAAAGAUGGCCCACUGUGGACGCCUCAUACUACGGAGGCAGAGGAGUUGGAGGCAUCAAAAGGAUGGAGGUCCGAUGGGGCGAUAAGGGCUCCACUGAGGAGGGAGCGAAGCUAGAAAAAGCUAAGAACGCUCGGGUGGUGAUGCCCGAAGAGGAACCCGACGAGCCCGCUCCGCCGCGACCGCGUUACCAUGUCAGAAGAUCCGUUCAUUCUCAUAAAUGGUAUUCGCCCAUCAAGGGCAAACUGGAUGCUUUGUGGGUUUUCCUUAGAAGAGGCUAUGACAGAGUGUCCAUCAUGCGACCUCAUCCUGGAGAUAAGGGCAAGUGCAUCAACUGGACACGAAGCAAAUCCUACCCCGCUCCUCGCUACCCCAUCUACAAGCACACGUCCGCGCACAUCUACACGCUGCCCUACAGUCCCCGACGUCGCUCCUCGCUCGACUUGUCGGACUUGCCGCCCUCACCCACCGCCACGCUGCCCCCUUUGCCCAGCUCGCCUCCGCCGCCACCAUUUUACACACCCCCUCCUAACAGAUCUUCCUCCGUCUCCGUGCAGACGCUCUGUAGGGCCCCACCUCCAUCCCGCCCCCCGCCACGCCCCAACCACGAGGACUGCUGA